AUGGCCCUUUCACUCAGGCGCCUCGAUACGGACGCGUUCUUUCUUCUGACCUUUUCACCUAUCGUGGCAUCUACUACUCCCUCUGUCGACCCGAGAUCCUACCACAUCCUCCUCGACCCCUGGAUAGCCGGGCCCUCCAGGUCCAGCCACUUCAAGAUCUCCCUCACGCACCAGCCAGCACAGGAUUAUAUAUCAUCGCUCGCUCAGCUUCCUGUGCCGGACCUCAUCAUCUUCUCCCAGGCAAGACCCGACGCCUAUAACGAGGCUGCAGUGUGCCAAAUCCCGGCCGAUACGAAGACGCUCAUCCUCGCUGAGCCUUCAGCCGCGAAGGUGAUUCGGGGCUGGAAGCACUUCGACCGGCGGAACGUCCUGGCGCUGAAGAGAUGGGGCGACCGACACGAUUGGCGGGAGACGGUGACGAGAAUUCCGCUACCGCCGAUGGUCUCAGGGGGUCGGCCGGGGGAGGUGACGGUUGCGUAUAUCCCACAGGCACGAGACCUAACGGGCUCGCGUGCCACGGUAGGCAUCACGUUUCGGCCGCCACCUAUGUUCUCUAGUGGUCGAAUGCCAGGCGCCCUGAAGGCAUCGUAUGUGAGUGCCGCGGCACCACCGCUGCCGGCGAUGCCGAAGAGCCACAGGUCGUACUCGACACUGCCGAGAGUGUGCGUGGACCCUGCCAGCGCAUACCUAGCCCAGAGCUUGACUACUACAGACACGAAGCAAGAACAACUUGGCGAGCACCUGGCAUCCUGGCCGACGCUGCGCCCCGCCCGGUCGACUUCUGCGCUCACCACAGCGCUCGGCAAACCAGCCUCCCCCUCCGUCCCCAGCUACAGCAUACCACCCUCGUCUCAGCGGACCCUCUCCCUCCUCUUCUCGCCACGCGGCAUCCCCUUUGCCGGCCAUCUCAGCUCGUACGCGACAACCCAUCUCGUGAGCGAGGCCGCCCUGCCUCUGACCGUGCUCCUACAGCGACGCGACCACGUCGUGAACUCGUGGUGGCUGGGCAGGAAGGCGCUGGCAGGCAUGGCGUCCGGCGAGGAAAUUGCGAUGCGGCUGGGUGCGAGGUGUAGGGUAAGCUGUCACGACGAGACGGCGGAGGCAGAGGAGGAGCAGGAGGAGGAGGAGGAGGAAGAAACGAGGGGGAAAGGCCUCUCGAAGGGGUGGCUGAGGAGCAUUUCCCCGAGCGCUGGAGAGGGGCCGAGCGUGCAGCACCAGGUGGUACAUCUUGCCAGCGGCGAGGACGUCGUCGUUACGUCUGAGGGGGUCUGGGAUAUGGAUGGGAAGCGGCGCGCCUACGCCUACGAGGAAAGUUUUGGAACUGAUGUACGGCGCGGCAUGGAGACGCAGGCCGGGGAUAAAGACACGAGGCUAUCUCCUCUUGCGCUGGACGAAUUUCUGACCAGUCCGCUAGAAGAUCGUGAAAUGAGCAUACUUCUGGCAGGCGGGUCGAUCAAGAAUGCGAACUGA